UGAAAGGGGAGGAGGACUGACUGUGCCAGUUGGACGGGGUAAAAGCUGGUUAGCGAGUGCGCAGGCUCCUCUUGGAGCUGUUACACACAGUAGGAAGCGAGAGGUUGCAGAGAGUGGAACCGCUCCCGGGGAAUGAACAGCGUCAGUAACAGCAGCAGCAGCAGCAGCAGCUCGGCGCAGCUCCCCAGCUCCAACCCCACACACACACACACACACACACUCCGCCACUCCAGACCCAGCUCAGCUCUCCUUACAAAUGACCUCCUCCUUCUGUGAAAGAUGGCAAACGGCUUCCCCAAACCUUUAGACACGCUGUACAGAGAGAGGCUACUCGCGGCUGUAUAUUCCGGGGUUUUCUAUUUGCAAACCUUGCUGUGGAUUGUUUGUUUCGUCUGUGGCGAAGAACACCCGUUCAGCGUGGAGAUAUGGUUGCAGAAGUACGGCUACCUUCAAGCUAGUGGACCCAGAAUGUCAGUAUUGCGUUCUUCACAGUCCAUGCACACAGCUGUAGCUGCUAUGCAGCAAUUCUAUGGAAUUAAAGUUACGGGGACUUUGGAUGAAAACACAAUAGACAAUAUCACAUUGAGUUGGAUGAAGAGACCUCGAUGUGGUGUGCCUGACCAGUUGGGCAGCAACGUUAGAUUUAACAUUAGACAGAAGCGGUACGCAUUAACGGGCCAGAAGUGGCAUCACAAACACAUCACUUACAGCAUCAAGAACUUCACCCCUAAAGUAGGGAAGAUGGAAACACACAGAGCGAUUCGGCGAGCCUUUGACGUGUGGCAGAACGUAACUCCGCUGACCUUUGAAGAAAUCGCCUACGACGAGCUGGGGAACAAGAAAAGGGACGUGGACAUUACAAUUAUUUUUGCGUCUGGCUUCCAUGGCGAUAGCUCGCCCUUUGAUGGAGAAGGUGGCUUCCUUGCACAUGCUUAUUUCCCGGGGCCUGGCAUUGGCGGGGACACUCACUUCGACUCCGACGAGCCUUGGACGCUAGGAAACCCGAAUCACGACGGUAAGAAUCUGUUUCUCAUAUUUAAUCUGCAGAAUUUGUUGAGUUUCCACAUGCAUGCACAGGCUUAUUAUACCCAGUAUUGA